GCCAGAAAAGAAAAAGAAAAAAGAAAAUAAAAGAAUGAGAGGAGUGACCCGCGAGAAGAAGAGUGAGUUUCAGGAAUCAUCCAUUUCAUUCAUUCCAUUGUUGGACUUCGAGUGGGAGUGGAGCAUUUGAAUUCAUAACAUGCGCACUCUCUCGCUGCCUUGCCUCUCCUCUUCUCUUCACACUCACACUCACACACACACUUACACAUACCACUACCGCUGUCGCUUCUCUCCCCAUUCUUCUUUCAUCUUCACACCCCACAGACGCUCUCACUUCCUCACCCCAUGCUCUUCCCUCAGACAGAGAGAGAGAGGGAGCAAAAAGCAACUAGGCAAAAUCAACACCGCGCCCUCCGACUCUGGCUUAAAGCGCUUGUUUAGCCCCAACCCCAAGAGCGAAGGGGAAGGGGACUCCGACAACACCGACUUCCAGGACGCCACCGCCUUCAAGGGCACCCUUUUGGCCGGUGUCUUGCUCGUCGGUAUUGUCGGUGGUUUUGCCUCCGUUGGCUAUAUCUACAGGGACCCCAUCAAUUCUUUCUUGAACCAACUCUCCGUUUUUAUUGAAGGUUAUGGUCCAGCUGGAUAUGCAUUAUUCGUUGCCGUUUAUGCUGGAUUGGAGAUCCUUGCAAUUCCUGCCAUUCCAUUAACCAUGUCAGCUGGACUUCUGUUUGGAUCAGUUAUCGGCACUAUCAUAGUCUCUAUCAGUGGAACAGUAGCAGCUAGUGUUGCUUUUCUGAUUGCUAGAUAUUUUGCUCGUGAGCGUAUUGUAAAACUAGUAGAAGGAAAUAAGAAGUUUCUUGCUAUUGACAAAGCAAUUGGAGAAAAUGGCUUCAGGGUUGUGACCCUGCUUCGUUUGAGCCCUCUGCUGCCAUUUUCUUUGGGGAAUUAUUUAUAUGGAUUGACAUCUGUUAAGUUUAUUCCGUAUGUAUUGGGAAGUUGGUUGGGGAUGCUUCCAGGAACAUGGGCUUAUGUUAGUGCCGGUGCUUUAGGAAGAGCAAUAAUUCAAGAUGAAUCUGAACUUAAUAAUAUAUUUGGAGGAAAUAGUCAGCUGCUAACGCUUGGGCUGGGACUGUUGGCCACUGCAUUAGCUGCUGCAUAUGUCACCCGACUUGCAAAG